UAGAAAGGAAGUGAAAAACUGUUUUUCCCUGUGCUGAGCUGAACUGAGAGCUAGUUCUCUGCUACCCACAGGAAGGGCGGCGCAGGCUGGGAUUUGUUUUGGGCAGGAGAGGCGUAAGGCAGAUUUGCCAGGGGUGACGAGUGCUGGCAGUGCACAGUGUUACUCAGCCAGGGAGAGGUGUAAGGAGACAGGGUGAAGUCGUUUGAAAUUCAUGCGGGAGCAUCAGGACGUGCAGUGCUGAUUUCUAUACGUGGUAUGGCCUGCACCAGUUGUGGUGGCCUGCGGAGUUCGCUGGGGCGCCAUCUUGCUUGGCGUCGCCAUAGCAACAGGCUGAAGGCGCCACCGCCAUCUUGUUUAGGGUCACUAUAGCAACAAGACCAGGGCGCCGCCAUCUUGUUUAGCGUCGCCACAGCAACGCGCGCGGCGGGAGCGGAGCCGCCAUCUUGUUUACCCGUCUCCACAGCAACCGGCGCGGCCAUGGCGGGCCCGGGGCGGCUAGAGGAGCUGGAGCUGAGCUCCGAGGAAGCGGAGCGGCUGCAGCGGGCCUUCCGCGACGAGCGGUUCCGGGCGCUGUUCGCCGAGUACGCGGCGGAGCUGGCCGACCCGGAGCAGCGGCGGCUGUACGAGGAGGAGGUGACGGCCCUGGAGCGGGAGCGCGGCGUGGAGGUGCGCUUCAUCCACCCGACGCCGGGCUUCGUGCUGCGCACCAGUCAGGCCGGCUCCCGCCGCUGCUACCUCAACAUCUGCAGCAACCCGCACGUCGCCCCGCCGCAGGCCCGCGCCGAGCCGGGCGGCCACCGCUGGGCGCUGCCCCACAGCCUGGCGCCGGGCCGCGAGGAGCUGGGCCGGGCCGGCCGCCGCUGCUUCGUUUACGACGUGGUCUUCCACCCCGCCGCGCUCCGCCUGGCCGCCCGCAGCGCCCGCUUCCGCCGCCUGCUCAGCGACGCGGCCAUGGAGGCCGUGGACAGCCGCUUCUCCGCGCAGCUCGACCGCGUCAACGCCUCCGUGCUCCGCGGCGCCCGCUACAAGGGCGUCCCGCAGGCGCCCGUCAUCCGCUCCCCGCUGCCCGGCGGCGCCCCGCGGCCGCCCUCCGACGCCGCCCCGCUGCCGCCCCCACCCCCGCCCGGCCCUCCGCCCGCCGCUCCCCCGCCGGCCCCCGGCCCGCCGCCCGGCCCCACCACCCCGCGCUGGACCAUCCGCCACCGCUCCUACGUGGACCUGCAGGACUACCGCCGCGACUCGGCGCCCGGCCCGGUGCCCCGGGAGCUGGUGGUGACGGUGGAGCUGCCGCUGCUCCGCUCCGCCGCCUUGGCCGAGCUGGAGGUCCGCCCGCGGGAGCUGCGCCUCGACUCCCGGCGGCCCGCCUACCGCCUCCGCCUCCGCCUCCCGUACCGCGUGGACGAGAGCGCAGGCCGCGCCGUUUUCGACAAGGCCGAGCGGCGGCUGCUGGUCACGCUGCCCGUCGUACCGCCGCCCGGCCCGGGGACGCCGCUCGGGGAGGCCGGCGGGGAGCGGCGGGAGGAGCCCCGGCCAGGCCCGGAGCUCCCGGACGAGCCGGCGGCCGCUUCCUCCUCUCCGCCCCGCUCCGAGGCCGCUUCCCCGAGCGCCGGCCCCGAGCCUGGAGCCGCUUUCCCCGCUCCGAGCGCCGGCUCCGAGCCGGCUUCUCCCGACGGGGCUCCCCCUCCGUGUCCGGCCGAGGGCAGCCCCGGUUACAUGGCUCAGCCCCGGGGCGGGGGUGACUCCGGUGACUCCCGUCCCGCCGCUGCCGCGUGCCCUCCCUUCCAGUGCCGCCAGGAUGAGGCCUCCCUCACCCUGCUCCUGCUGGUGCCCGGCAUCCAGCCCCAGAGCCUCAGCGGGGAGGUGGCCGCCAACCGCUACAGCGUCCGCUUUUUCAGCGGUGCCGUUGCCUAUGCCCUCGUCCUGCAGUUCCCAGCCGCCAAUAGGCUGGCUGCCCCCGAGACCAGCGUCAGCGUGAGCGCCCACAACGCUGCCAUCCUGCUCGCCAAGGCCACGGAGAGCACCGGGCUUUGGGAGAAGUACUGCUUCGGCCUCGACGCCUCCGCUCUGCAGGAGAGGUUGUUUGUCAGUGAAGAAAACGUUGAUGGAUUCCUACACACUGUUCUGUGCCCCUCCUCGUGCUUGCAGUCGGACCUGGAAGCUCAGAUGUUGAUUGAAGUGCUCGAUGUGUCUGAGGACAGAAGUCAGAUCAGGCUGAAGCCACAGGAAGCAGCCUGUUCUGAACGUGAUGAAACCAAACAAGCAGUGAGCAGCUCAGGAGACGUUGCUGCGAAGAACGAGGACCACCUCCAAACAGAGCCAGAGCCAGAGCUUACUGCCACUGACACGGCUGAGGAACAGCCUACAGAAAGCCAGCGAGCUGCCACAUCUUUUCUAACAGCUGAAACAAUAAGAGAAGUGGAUGGAAGUUCACAGCAUUGUUUGCAGCAGGAACCUUCUGACACCAGUGCAGCACUUCCUGGCAAAGCUGGGGGAAAAGAACGAGCUUUAGAUGAGGCAUUUGCGGGUCUGGGGCUGGAGGGGGGUCGGGCAGGGGGGGCGGGGAGCCCAGCUGCAUCCCCACUCCUGCAGGAGGUGGGUGAGGAUGGGAGCGUGCAGAGCAUUACAGACCACAGCACACACUGCAGCAUCGCCUUCCAGAACUCUGUGCUGUAUGAACUGGACUAGCGGGGCCGCGCCAGCAUUUCCUCCUCGUUUGACUGUGGUUUAUGGCUGCAGGGCUGAAAGCAGAACCGGGUUCUUUCUAAAACUUUAAUCUGUCAACGGAGAACACUUAAGCCAUUAAUACUUUCUGAAGUUAAUAGGUCUAAGUUUCCUUUCAUCAUACGUAUGGGUUGAAAUAAUUUCACUGACAGGAACGAUGCAGCUGAAGCUCUGCGCUCCUGGAAGACAGUGCCUCUUUAUUGUUUAUGUAACUUUCUUAAUCUGUUGCCAAAUUACACAGAGUAGUUGUAUAUUCUUCUUCUAAUGGCUCCCUCAGGAGCCGCUGUAUUUAGUCCACCUAGAAAUGAGCAGUGUUCAUCAUUUGCUCAAACCCUUCAUUUUGUGAUAACUGCAGGAUUAGGCAGCCGCCGAGUUCUAGCAAUCAAAUGAAAUUCCUAAUUACACGGAGAAGUUCUAAUUAGUCUCCUAGAAAUAAUUAGCAUUUAUACCACAUAUUCUGCCCUAGUACAUGUUUUCAGUGAUGCAGCAUCCAAGCACAGCCCCGUCUGUCAGCUGAACAAACACAACCAUGCAAUAAAACCAUCCUGUCUCGUGAAUGUCUGCUCAGUGCAGGCGACUUUUGGAACUGAUUCCCUUCAUCCAGCUGAGCUGAGAUGCGCUGUUGAGAAGCAGCUCUAUGAGAGCUGCAGCACGCUGCGGGCUCCUCCUCUCUGAAGUGCAAUAACCAGGAGAACAAAUCUACAGUAAACUUUCAAUUCCCAUUCUGACUGCUUCUGCUUCUGAUUUUUGAGUUGCACAAGCUGUAGCUCUUCAGAACACACUUAAAUGUUUCACAGCGGCUCUGGAAUUACCUCCAUGUUGCUCUGCAUGUGCAGAAGUCCCUAGGGACAGAGGGCCCGGGGGUGGGGGCUGUGCAGGGAAGGUGAGCCCAUGGUGUGCAGCUCUGGGGGAGGGAUGGGGGGAGCUGACACAGCCUGCACUGCUGUUCUCAGCAUCAGCCCUGACUGUGGAACAAUGAAAUGUAGCAAAUACCAAAGCUCAUACAAAAUCUUGGCACACAAAUUACCCAUAACAAGAAUGCAGUUUAUCAUGGCACAUUCAGAAUAAACAUUUUGUAUUGGACUAUUUCACAAAACCUGGCUUGCUCUGGAAAGAACAUUUCAGUGACACGCUCACAACCUGAAGUGAUGUCAAAGGGGGGAAGAAAGGCAGUGCUGCCUGUGUCCCCGUGUGCUGUUGUCACUGGUUUCCUGACAACACCAGUCCUAUUCCAUCUGAUUAAGAAACAAAGUUGGUUUUUCAUAUUCCCCCCGCAUCCCUCAACGUAAAAUCUACCUGUGCUACCUUCAGUAGCAGCUUCAUUUGCUAACACCACAAAACCUCUCUGCUGCCAGUGGUGCUGUGCAUCACCUUAACACAGACUGACGAGUGCUGGGUGUUAACGAAGGGCUGUGCUGCUUUCACCUCCAUUCAGCCCCUUCCAUCACCCAGCACUGCUCCCACUUCACACCGCUGACAGCUCCAAUGCAAGCUGGGGGGCAUCACACAGCUGUUCCUCUAUUCUACCUCCAUUAGUGCCAUUCAUUCAAACCACAAUGAAGUUCAGUGCAGGCUGAUGGACACCGCCCCACAUCCCGGCUCCGCAGCAACGCAAGAGGCCAUCACCUUUAUGGGAUAAUGAAGAACUCCUCCAGCAUUACAAAACAACUGAAUUUUAUUUUGGCAGAACUAAAAAAAUUGUAUAUAUUUAUCUACAUCGUAGUAAAAACAAUGAUUUUUUUUUUUUUUUCUUUUUUCCUUCAUAUAUUCACCAACACGCCGCCAACCACCCGGCACAGCACAGCGCCGCGGAUGGCAGGGAGGCAACGCGCUGCCCCAGGACACGGUGCAGAAAAAGAAACCAAAGUGUACACAGCGAGCACUGCAAGGAUGUGCUUGGAGCAGAGCUCUCUCCUCCUCUUCUUCCUCCUCUUCUUCCUCCUCUUCCAGGUGAGCGCAGCACAGAGCACAACCAUCCACGCUGCUCCCGCAGCCCGGCCGCACACAGCGCUGCCGAGCUCCGCACACGAGAGAUGAACGUUUUGGGACACCUUUGACAUGAAUGUUUAUUCGUAUUAAAGCAGAAACCAACUCAUAAA